CCCAGAGCUCAGCGCCUCCUUACAACUUGUUCAGAGAAAAGCUGUGCUCACAGCCUCCACUCUGCAGAGCUGCACGCUGCUGCGCCGCUCGGCUGGGCAACUUUUUCGACCGCAGGUUUUUUUUUUUUUAGGCGCGAGGCGCACACGCGACGCGAGCACAGUGACAAGGGGACUUUGAGCUGAAGUUGAUGUGUCACCGGGGAGCGCUCCCCUCAACAAUGAGGGCUUGUUUUGGAUACUGAUUACCGACUUGGCUGCUGUUAAGAAGCUCACCAAAUCCACUUGUUUUGCAGAGUUUCGGCGAACGGCUCCGAGCGCAAUUACGCACGGCGUCGCCGUCACCAUGGCACGGGUUUUGGAUAGACGCGCGCCGUUGUUUUUGCUUUUGGUUUGGAGCUGCUGCGUCCUAGCGGACCCGGCCUUUGCGAACUUCACCCUGGACAACGAGUUCCACUCCAGUUUCAUCCACCGCCGGCUGAAGAGCCAGGAGCGCAGAGAGAUGCAGCGGGAGAUCCUGUCCAUCCUGGGGCUGCCGCACCGGCCGCGGCCACAUCUCCACGGCAAGCACAACGCCGCCCCGAUGUUCAUGUUGGACCUGUACAACGCCAUGUCCACGGAGGGGGACGAGGAGAGGUACUCCUACCCCUACAAGCCUAUCUUCACUACCCAGGGCCCCCCCAUAGCCAGCCUGCAGGACAACAACUUCUUGAACGACGCGGACAUGGUGAUGAGCUUCGUUAAUUUAGUGGAGCACGAUAAGGAAUUCCUCCCGGUGCGGCGGCAUCAUCGAGAGUUCAGAUUUGAUCUGUCACGAAUCCCAGAGGGGGAGGCAGUCACGGCUGCUGAGUUUCGCAUUUAUAAAGACUUCAUCCACGAGCGUUUCGAUAACGAGACCUUCAGAAUCAGCGUCUACCAGGUGCUGGAGGAGCACUCUGACAGGGAGUCGGAUCUUUUUCAGCUGGACUCCAGAGUUAUCUGGGCAGUGGAGGAGGGCUGGUUGGUGUUUGACGUGACCGCCACCAGUAAUCACUGGGUCCUGAACCCAGGCAGAAACCUGGGUCUACAGCUGGCCCUGGAGAGCACGAGUGGAGAGAGCAUCAAUCCUCGAGUGGCAGGGCUGAUUGGUCGCAACGGACCCCAGAAUAAACAGCCCUUCAUGGUGGCCUUCUUCAAAGCAACAGAGGUGCACCUGCGAAGCAUCCGCUCGGCGUCAGGAGGGGGCAAACAGCGAAACCCCAACCGAGCCAAAGCUGCGAAGAACCAAGAGGCGCUCAGAGUGGCUAGCAUCGCAGAAAACAGCAGCACUGAUCAGAAGCAGGCGUGCAAGAAACAUGAACUUUAUGUCAGUUUCCGAGACUUGGGAUGGCAG